AUGCCUAUGGGAAUCAACAACCCGCUGCCCUCGUCGAUGAGCUCGGAAUGUCGCAAGGCAGGCAAGAUUCUCGCGUCAUUCGUCGACCCACGGCAGGCCUUCGGUCCUGACAAGAUCAUACCUCCGCAAGUCCUCGCGCACGCAAAGGGCCUCGCGAUACUAUCAGUCUUCAAAGCCGGCUUCCUCGGCACCGUCCGCUUUGGCUCCGGCAUAGUCGUCGCGCGCCUGUCCGAUGGCUCAUGGUCUGCGCCCAGCGCAAUUGGGACCGCCGGCGGAGGUUUCGGCGGCCAACUCGGAUUCGAGCUCACGGACUUCGUCUUCAUCCUGAACAAUGCCGCCGCCGUGAAAACGUUCGCGCAGAUGGGCAGCAUACAGCUCGGCGGCAACGUAUCAAUCGCGGCAGGGCCUGUAGGCCGCAACGCGGAGGCCGCAGGCGCGGCGAGUCUGAAGAGCGUGGCGGGCGUGUUUGCCUACAGCAAGACCAAGGGCCUAUUCGCGGGCGUGUCGCUGGAAGGCUCUAUUAUUAUCGAACGCAGCGACGCGAACAAGAAGCUGUACGGCCGGCCCGUGACCGCAGUUCAACUACUCGAAGGCUCAGUACCUGUUCCUCCAGCCGCGGACGCUUUGAUGCGUGUUCUCAGCUCCCGCGCCUUCACCGGAGUAGGUGCUGGCGCGGACCCAGACGCAAUGUACAACGACGUACCCGUCUAUGAUGACAGGCACGAGGAUGUCGUAUGGCAAGGUCGAUCGGGAGCGGCUUAUGGCGAAGGCGUACGGUCAGAUCGAACAGGCGCGUCGGGAGAGGAUGGAUACGAGUACCGCGAUCGGCCGCAGCGCGCUUCUACCUGGGCCGACGACGUAUACGACCGUACGCCAGGCAGUGCAGGAGGUGUCAACCGCUCCUUCUCCACUCGCGCCAAUCCGAAUGAGACGUUUGACCGUCUCCAAGGCCGCACGCGCACAAGUAGCAACGUCGGGGAUGACUACGAGUACAGUGACAAACCUAAGCCAUCGCGGCCGACGGCGCCGAAGCCGGUUUUCAGACCGAAGGCAGCGAGUAUGAGUCAGAACCAGGCGGUUGCGAAGUUCACCUUCGACGCGGAUCAGCCAGGCGAUCUGGGGUUCAAGAAGGGUGAGAUCAUCACGAUCAUUAAGAGGACGGAGAAUCCGACGGAUUGGUGGACGGGGAGGAUCGGUGAUCGAGAAGGUGUCUUUCCGAGUAACUACGUGGAAACCGUUUGA